AUAGAUAACUAGCCUGUCACAAUUAAUAAGGCAUUGCCCUCAUAUAUCCUGUAGAUGAAAAGAGUUGUGAAGUAUUUCUUAAAGCACAGAGCAGAUCAGUUCUUACACACAUGGCCAACACAUUCACAUAUAUUGAGAAGAAACUGUUCACCCCAGGUCCACUAGGAUGUAGCAAACCAGUGAAAGAAGCCAUGUUAUUUGAUCUUGGCUCUAGAGACACACAAUUUAUUAAUGUUAUCAAAGAGAUCAGGCAGUCUCUUCUGGACAUUACAGGAGCAUCACCAGAUGAGUACACAGCCAUUCUCCUGCAGGGGAGUGGAACAUACAGUGUGGAGGCAGCACUGCAGAUGUGUGUUCCGAGACCGGGAGGAAGGUUACUAAUUGUGUCAAAUGGAGCAUACGGAAAGCGAAUGCAAGCUAUCUGUGAUACUGCAGAGAUUCCUGCAGAUCUCCUUGACUUUCCAGAAGAUGGUGCUUUUGAUGUAAAGAAGGUGGAAAAAUUUAUCUCUGAAAGCCAGCAUGUUUACUCUGCAGUGUCAGCUGUCCACCUGGAGACAAGUUCUGGUGUAAUAAACCCAGCAGCAGAGUUGGGAAAAGUAUUAAUGCAGCUACAAAAGAGGCCUCUCUUCAUCUUGGAUGGUAUGAGUAGCAUAGGUGGUGUCUCAUUUGCACUGGAUAAUCCUGCAUCGCCUGAUGUUCUGGUUACAUCUGCUAAUAAGUGCCUGCAGUCUGUGCCUGGCUGUGCCAUCAUCAUUGCAAGAAGAGCUGUAUUUCAGCAGUGCAAAGGAAAUUGUCGCAGCUUGAGCUUAGACUUGUGCUCACAGCUGGAUGGCUUGGAUACAUGUGGGCAAUUUCGCUUUACACCACCCACACAUUGUCUUCUUGCAUUACACAGAGCUCUUGAAGAGCUGAAAUCUGAAGGUGGAGUAUCUGCCCGAGUGAAAAGGUAUCGUGAGAACUGCCAAACUUUACAACAUGGGAUGGAGCUACUGGGAUUCCAGAAACUGGUUAAGUUGCCAGAGCAAGAAAGCCAUAUUAUAACUUCAUAUCUCUGCCCCAAGCAUCCCAACUUUGCUUUCAACACUUUCUACUCCCGUCUGAGCAAUAAAGGACAAGUCAUCUAUCCUGGAAAAGUGACAAAUGCAGACAGCUUUCGUAUUGGAAACAUAGGAGACCUUUACCCAAAGGACUUGCAGCAUCUGGUAUCCUGCAUUAAGGCUGUACUCACUGAUAUGGGGGUACCUCUGCCAGUGAGGUAUUAAUUCCAGAAGUGAGUACUGCUACCAUGUUGUUGUUGUAUUCAGUCUGAAGACUGGUUUGAUGCAACUCUGUUACCACGGUGGCAACAACAGACCCUCAGAAGUCAAAUAAAUAACUUUCUACCAAAUGAUAUUAGUGAAUAAAAUGGAAAAGUACCAGCGUAUGCAUACAGGUAUUAACUUUUGUAAUUGAAUAAAAGGAAUAAAUUUUCUGCAACAGAAACAAACGAUUUUCCAGUGGUAUUAAAAGUUUUACUAUAUGUUUCAUCAGUUGAAAGGAGAGACAUAACAUGCAGGGAACAACAGUGAGGUUACAAAGCUAUUUUUACUAUACAAAUACACAUGAGAUGGCUUAGUACUAAUUGAUAUUUAUGGCAGUAUUUUCAGGAGGAGGUCUUGUAGGCGAAAGCUUUAAUGUUAAAAGAUUCUGGAACAUUCAUAAUUUUGCAACAAUGGUGUGGUGGAGCAGAAAGCAGUUGGCAUCCGUGUACAUACUUGUGUAUAAUGUGUAACUGUCGGAAGUUUCAUUGUUCUAUGUCCGUUAGUUAUUGUUCAGUGCUGUAUUGAGUAGAAUGCUGCAUCACACAGUUUGUGAAUUUCGAGAUGACAGAGUUAGCGGAGCAACACAUCUGCAUUUAAUUUUGUCUGAAACUCAAGAAAACCUAUACAAAGGCACACCAAAUGAUGCUUAAGCCAUAUUCGGUUUUAUGAAUAGUUCACAUGGUUCAAAAAUGGCCAACAGAAGUUAAUGGCGAUCCUCGUUAAGGACUCUUUUUGAUUUCUACCAACGACAUUCAUGUUAGGAAUAUCAAUGAAAUUGUGUAUGCCAAUUGAAGACUGACUGACUGCAGAAGAAUGUAACAUUUCAGUUGGACCACAUCAUGAAACUGUGACACAGCAUCUUGGAAUGCAUCGUGUUGCCACCAGGUUUGUCCCAUGGCUCAGAAAGAUCUUCGCCUCGCCUCGCAAUCUGUGAAGAGUUUUGGAUCACGCAAAUGAAAACAAGAUGUUCCUUAAAGAAAAAUCAUUUUAAAA